UAGCUUUCUGUGUCUUGUUCACCGAACUUUCUCAUUCUGCUUUUUAACUUUCGUGUUCCUACAACAUAUACAUACAUGAUACAACAUAUACAUAUACAUUUCUCAAGCCUUUAUUUGCUGAUUUCUUACACUCCAUCAUUCCAUCUCUCUCUCUCAAGUCCAAUCCUCUCUCCCUCAGGGUUUAUAAUUGGUUGUAAAUGGUGAUGGAUUCGCAAUACGCUGAUUUUUCUGAUGUACUAAAUGGGUUUGAAUUUGGGGAUGGGAUUCUUUUGCCUGGUUUUGAUUCGUCCCCGGAUCUUGGCAAUGGGUUCAAGUUUAGCGAUGAGAUUGCUUUGCCUGGUUUUAAUUCGGUUGUGAAUUCUUUUAACGGAAUUAAGUUUAGGGAUGAGCUUGAUUUUGGUUUCUUGGAUAUUCCUAACCCUCCUGAUGAACCUGGUUAUGCUACUACUAUUUCACCUACGGGUAGCUCGGAACUGGACUCUCCUGAUGAGAAUGAAUUAUCUGAUGGUAUGUUGAAGUUUCUUGACGAGAUUCUCAUGGAAGAUGUAAUUGACGAGAGGCCUUCUAUGUUUCAUGAUCCGUUGGCAUUGCAAGCAUCAGAGAAGUCUUUCAAUGAAGUAGUUAGCAAGAAAUAUCCUUCUUCGCCCUAUGGGCAGAUGGAUAUCUACCAAGGUGUUGAAAGUCCAGAUGAUUAUUUUAGCAGAAGCCCGAGUGAGAACAGUACCAGCAGUGGUGGUACUAGUAGUGAAAACUACUUUGAGCCUCUUCAGUCAGUUGCUGACUCGGGUGGCCCAGAAUCAUCUAAUGUGCAAAAUCUAACUCAAGAAGACUUUACUUCUAAUCCGGGGAGCAGAUUACCGUGGUCAGUAAUACCUGAUAACAGCUUCAGUAAUAACAUUAAUGGAGAUAUGAACGCUGCUGUUAGCACCCAGGCUGUUCAAAGUAUAUUUAGUGAAAGGGAGUCUAUAUUGCAGUUCCAGAGAGGAAUGGAGGAAGCUAAUAAAUUCCUUCCUGACAUUUCUCAGUUGCUUGUUAACUUGGAUAACUAUAAGUUACCAACAAAAGCAAAAGAAGUCCCCCCUGCAAUUCAAGUGAAGAUAGAAAAGGAUGAGGAGAUAUCACCUAGCAGCUCAAGGAGACGGAAGCAUUAUCUCCGGCAGGAUAGUAUGAUUGAAGAUGAGAGAAGCAGCAAGCAAUCAGCAGUUUACGAUGAAGAAGUUGAGUUAUCAGAAAUGUUCGACAAAGUUCUGCUCUACGAGCCAGGCUGUGGCAAGGAAGAACCUAUUGAAUGGAACCCGGUCUCUCCUCUUGAAAAUGGUCCAACACAUGAAUAUGAUGGUAGCAGGAGUCAUUCUACAAUUACAGAAAAUUAUAGUGAAGCGGUAGAUCUAAGGACUCUCCUGAUCAAUUGUGCACAAUCAGUUGCUUGUGAGGAUCGCAAGACUGCAUAUGAACAGCUAAAGUUGAUUAGGGAGCACUCAUCUGCCUCUGGGGAUGCAUCACAGAGAUUGGGUUUUAUCUUUGCUAACGGCCUUGAGGCACGCAUGACAGGCACAGGCUCUCAGUUAUAUGCAGCAGCCUUAUCAUCCAGGAGGAGGAUCUCAGCUACCGAGAUGUUAAAAGCAUAUCAAGCAUAUCUCUCAGCCUGUCCAUUUAAAAAGACGUCAGUUCUUUUUUCUAAUAAAAUGAUUCUGGAGAAAGCGUCAAAUGCCACGACACUUCAUAUUAUCGAUUUUGGUAUACAGUAUGGUUUCCAGUGGCCAGUACUUAUCCAACUUCUCUCAAAGAGACCAGGUGGACCGCCAAAGCUUCGAAUUACUGGAAUAGAGUUGCCCCAGCCUGGUUUCAGACCAGCAGAAUAUAUGGAAGCAACAGGUCGUCGACUACAAAGUUAUUGCCAGCGUUUUAAUGUUUCAUUCGAGUACAAUCCCAUAGCCCGCCAGAAAUGGGAAACAAUUACUGUGGAGGACCUCAAGAUUGAGAAAAAUGAAGUUGUUGCUGUAAAUUGUUUCCUACGGUUUGAAAACCUACUUGAUGAGUCUGUUGUAGUGAACAACCCAAGGGAUGCUGUUCUUAAAUUGAUCAGGCAAGUAAACCCGGCUAUAUUUGUGCAGGCUAUUGUCAAUGGAUCAUACAGUGCACCGUUUUUUGUGACUCGGUUCCGUGAGGCUCUCUACCAUUAUUCUUCUUUCCUUGAUUUACUUGAUACAAAUAUACCCAGUGACAAUCAACAGAGAUUGGAUUUUGAGAGAGAGUUCUGUGGCCGUGAGGUUAUGAAUGUUGUUGCAUGUGAGGGUGUGGAAAGGGUUGAAAGGCCUGAGAGAUAUAACCAGUGGCAGAUCCGCAAUACGAGGGCUGGUUUCAAACUUCAUCCGUUGAACAAAGAACUCGUGAAAAAGCUGAAGGAGAAGGUUAAGUUGGAUUUUCACAAAGAUUUUGUUUUUGAUGAAGAUUCUGAGUGGAUAUUGGUUGGGUGGAAGGGUCGAAUCCUCCAUGCUGUUUCUGCUUGGGUACCCGCAUAGAAAUACUUAUAUUAGAUGCAAUAAUGAUGAAUAAGAGUUCAAUAUGGAGGUCACACGCUAUGGAUACAAGGUACUUGUGUUCCUGAGCUAUCUAUUAUACGACUUGGUACCUCGAACACAUCUAAUGUAUGCACAUAUAAACUUGCAGACUUGAACAUUCAUGGUUUGAAGUCUUGGGCGCUGGGUAGUUAGGAUAUUCAUCAGAUUACCAGUGUUUUGCAAGUUCAUUCGGCUUUUAUGUAGAGGAAUUACAAUCUUGAGUGAUGCUAGUAUAAACUUUUAUGUAGUCAAUUUAAUGAAGUUUCUGAA